AUGUGGAUAAACUCACCGUGUGGAUAUUUAAUGCAUCUCAUUGCUGCUCCUGUGGGUGCAGACACAUGUUUUAGUAAUCGGGUGUCUCAGUGUGAGGAGACCGGGUGAACAAGAAGAGCAGCAGGUCGACAAGAACAAACAAGCAGACACAUAAAACCCAACACAGCUCUUGUUCGUGGUGACAGACGAACCAUCUGAUUAUAUCCUCAUCUCUAUUAUUAUUGAGAUUUAGAGUACAUGAAAAUAGAUUUAAAUAGAACAAACUUCCAUAAAUUUAAUUUAUUAAUGUAAGGCAAAUAAAUGACCACAGCGCAGACGAAUAGUAUCUACAGUAGCUGCCACAGUGUCUCCUAUGAAACAAGAAGUGUUAUUCGGAGCCCAAUUUCCUCACACACCAUCUUAGUGGAUGUUUUUUUUAAGAAGUUUCCCCUCAUGGCCUUUGGAAGCUAAUACUUUGCUGCCUGGCCCACCUUUAGGAGGAUUAUAUAGCUUUCACUGAAAGAAGGUGUUGACUAGUGGAGUGUCAUCUUGAACCAUCUGUCCAUUGCUGAAGAGGAGGCGAGAUGUCGAGGCCUUCUUCCUCCCAGACCACCCCUCAGUUCCACAGGGUCAGCAGCAGAGAUCUCACUGAGAUCGAGCUGCACUCUGUGGACUCCAUCAACGAUCUCCACCGAACACACCCCGAACACAGCCACAAAGGGGUGAGGCCUCCUCGUCCUGCCUACUCUCCCUCCUCGAAUGGGAAUCUCUACACAUGUGACAUGACAGCUGUCAAUCAAAGAGGCCGUCCAGUCAACAGCCAAUGGCAGAGUCGUCUACAUGAUAUGUUGACGCCCAGUUCAUCGCGUGCCUAUGCCAUGGGCUGUGCUAUCAUCACUUUGCUUCUGCUAACAGUGUUACUCAUCUUCUACUUUCUGGUCCAGCAGGGCGGCGCCGUCCGGAUGCUGACUGAAGCAGUGAGGGAGAAAGAGGCCGUAGCCACUGAGCUGUCACUGCUGAUCCAAGAACUGCAGACACUGAGACACAACCUGACAGCCAUGAGAGGAGGGACAUAAUACACACUCAUACACUGGACAAGAGAGGCUUUAAAGUGCAGUAAAACUGUUUCACAGUGGAUUUUUCCUAAAUGUUGUCUGUUUCAAGAUUAAAUGUAACUGAUGAAACCAUGUAAAUAAGAGAUGGGAGGCUUCUGGGAGGCAUUUCCACUCUCUCCUGUUCUGGAAACUAUGAAAUGGAGUCAGUAAAUCUCAUAACAUUAUAUUGCAUAAUACGCAUUUAAUGUUUCAUAUUAUUGCUCAAAAUAAUGAGUGACUUUAAAGUGCUGCCACUGAGUCACACAAACUCUGUUUAAAUGACAAUCAUAAAAACUCCACCAGCUGUGGUGGACUGACAAAAAGUAAAACUGAGUUUGAAAUGAUUUGAAACACAAAUCAUUAAAUGUGACAAAGCCUGUUUUUUAAGCAUGAAUCUGUAACUUGUUUUGCUCUUUUUCGAUUAAAACAAGGUCACGUUAAGCAAAGGUCGAUGAAUUCAACCACCACUUUUAGCACACGAUACUAAAUAUGUGUUUCCUGCUGCACUGCAGUUAAAACAACAUUGUCAUAUGAUAAGAACAAAAAUUUGCUGAUGGAGAAUGUCGAAGUAAUAAAUAAAUAAACUCUGAAGUAUUUGCACUUUGGGGGAUAUAUUUAAAAUCCGAUUGUCAUGCAUAUUUUGUAUUGUAGAUUAUUUAUGUGAAAUUCAAACUUUUUAAAAAAUAAAACACAACUCAAGUA